AUGCCAGCUCCAAAACCAUGGCUUGAAACUCUGACCUUGAGUCAACUGCAACGAUUGGCCGUCUUGAUAGGCUCAGCAUGUUCCGGCACUAAACCCGUACGCAUAGCUGGAAUACGUGAAGCGAUCACACAGGUCGGUCAGUACCAAAAGCCAGAUGUCGAAUUGAGCCUGCUCAGCAUAGAUAUGGGAAUCCGGAAUCUGGCUUUCACACAUAUCAAGGCACCAGUUUUACUGGGUUCGGAAGGAUUGUACCAGUAUGGAAAGCCAAAGAUCGAGGCCUGGCAGCGUCUGACCGUAUUGAACCCCCAGGGAAUGCCUCGGGCUGUGCGGUCAGGAAAAUCGAGCACUGGUGAAGACGGCGAUGGAUCUGGACCACCCUCCCCUCAAACUGCCAAAACAGGGAAAGAAUCUUUCGAACCGAUUGACUUUGCCAUGCACGCCUACAAAUUCAUUGAUCACAUGUUGACGAAAUACAAGCCCAACCAGAUCCUAAUUGAGAGGCAAAGAUUUCGCACAGGAGGACAGGCCGCUGUGCAGGAAUGGACCAUCAGAGUGGGUGUCUUUGAAGGCAUGCUUUACGCUGUGCUGCGGACCCUGGCCGAAGAGCGGAAAUUACAGCUUCAAGUGGAGCCCAUAUCGCCAGGACGUGUGAAUAGAUCGUGGCUACAAGAUUCUAAGUCACCAGGGGUUGUUCAGGGCAAGAGAUCGAGCAGCCGUGACGUGAAACAAGCGAAGAUCAGACUGGUCUGUGAGAUGCUUGAAGAGAAGGGAACAAAGUCGCAUUUUACUGUCAGCAAGCACCUACGGCCUUUCACGGAUGCUUUUCUUUCUGCUUGGAAGAAGGAAACAAGGGCUAAAAAAUUUACGGUCAACGGGAUUGGCAAACUUGAUGACUUGGCAGACUCGUUGCUACAAGGACUUGCAUGGAUCAAUUGGCAAAAUAACCGCGUACAAGUGACUUCGCUGGGAGAGGAAGCAUUCGAUCUUGAAAGGAGUUGA